GAGGUGACCGAUUGCCUUGUCAGCAGGAAGGUCUUUGCAGGGGCAGACGUCAGCCUCCGAGCCCCUUCAAACCCCCUCAGGGCUGGCUGGCAUCUUUUUAUGUCAGUCCAUCUCUAAGACUCACUUCAGCUUUUAGUGGGCUGGCUCUGAUGUCAGCCGGCUGGUUGGCUGGCUGGACGCACGAUGCGAGAGUGCAGCAGCAGGACACACACGGCGCCGCGUCUGCACGCUUUACUAUUAAUACCGCAGCCGUACGCUCGCCUGUGCAUGGACUGUACACUGGGGGGCGAGGACAAAGGCAGAUUAAGCUACAAAUGCCCAAAUUUGACAUCCCCCUCCUCCUCUCCAUGUGGAUGGGAGAGACACGGAUUGAUGAAGAGCGAUAGAGCACGCGCAAGAGAGGAAAAGUGGGGGGACUGCAGUACACGCAGGGUCUGGAUGAAUAACCAUGGCAACAGCAGCAGCAGCAGUAGCAGCAGUAGCGGUGCAAGCAGAGAUAUAAACAUUGCACAGAAGCGCAUCCAUCUGCAUUAACACACUGGAUCAUAUCACAUCCUGGAUCAUUCCUAAGGUGAUGACUGCGAUUAUAUCAUGUCUGAAGUACAGGGAACAUUGGAGUUUUCCGUAGAGUUGCACAAGUUUCACAAUGUGGAUCUUUUUCAGCGAGGGUUCUACCAAGUUCGAACAGGGUUGAAGGUCUCCCCUCGUGUGCUCCACAGGUUAAUAGUGACAACCCAAGAUAAUGCAAGUGAAUGCAGCUUCAGCUCCCCGGGGGUGUACGACGGCAAUGUAUUCAGCCGGAUAUUCCAGAUCCUUUACAGGAAUGAGGAUAUCACCGUCAAUGACUGCAUGGUGUUCAAAGUGCACCUGCUGCUGGAUGGAGAGAGGGUGGAGGAGGCCCUUAGCGAAGUAGAUUUCCAGUUGAAGCUGGAUCUGCACUUCACCGAUAAUGAACAACAAUUGUCGGACAUCGCCGCCGUCCCGUUGAUCAGCAGCCGCACCCUCAACCUCCACUUCCACCCACGGAGAGGCUUGCAUCAUCAUGUUCCUGUCAUGUUUGACUAUUUCCAUCUGUCCGUCAUUUCUGUCUCCAUCCACGCCUCACUGGUUGCCUUACAUCAGCCGCUAAUCAGCUUUGCUCGAACAGGAAAGGGCUCCUGGCUGGGAAAAGGUACACCAGAGAACACCAGUGACCCAGCUGCAAUUUCUGUGGAAAACCUUGUGUUUGGUGCAGGGUAUUGCAAGCCCAUCAACUCUGAGGGAAGUUUUUAUGUACCCAGUGAGGACUGCCUGCAGAGAGCUCACACAUGGCACAGAAGACUCUGUCGCCUCCUGCUGUCCGCAUAUGGGGGCCUCAAUAGCUACUGCACUGCACUAAUGAAGGAGAUUCCACAGCUACAGCAGAUACCAGUGGAAACAGAAGUCGUGCCUGUCGAAGAGACCUUAAAUCAGAUUGCAAUAGAGUUACAGCUGCAGGAGGGCCACGAGAAGGUGGCUGAGCAAAUCAGCAAGGACGUAGCCCACCUCUGCACACGGCUGGUUGCCUUGUGGAGCCAUUUCCUGGAAGCUUCUGUCCUCAAUCCCCAUGUUCUGACAUACCUAGCCCAGGAACAUCACACACUUCGGGUGAGGAGAUUUUCAGAGGCAUAUUUCUUCACAGAGCAUCCCAAAGAGACAUCAUUGACAUUUCAAGAAGAGCUAAUCAACAGACAAGGUCAGAUUGCUGCAGAAGUGCGCUGCUCAGACUACUUGGCCAAGAUGCCUCCUUUACCUGUCGAGUGCCUGGAAAUUGAUGGUGACCUGAACAGCCUUCCCAUAAUCUUCGAAGACAGAUAUGUGGAGUUUUCUCAAACAGAGUGGCUACACCAUGUGCCAGUUCUUGCCACGUCCGAAGAUCCGACUGACUCCAGUGCUAAUAUCAUGGCUGCCAAAAGGACUCAUCUAAAUAGUCUAAGAGCCAAAUGCUUUGAAGUAUCGUCCCAGGAUCCUUCGGAUAGCGACGACUGCAUGGAUUUGACCACAUAUGUGUCACUCAUAGGAAAGCAGAGUAACACCAACUGUAGACAUUCUCCAAACACAAUACCAAUGGAGGAAAACAUUGAACAACCAGUAGCUGAUCUGCAGGAAUCAAACAAUUUCACAUCAGUCAGGGAAAGCGAUAGUUCAGUUACGGAAAAAUCGUGUGUUGUCAAUUCUUCUCAAAAAGAUGACAUUCAAAAGAAUGUGAAUGCGUCUCUUGUUCCUGAAGAUCACAUCGACCAAUACAAUGCCUCAAAGGACAGCAUUAGCCAAAAGAGUGAGGACAAUGAAUUCGAUAUGCCGCUAAAUCAGUUCGCGGAGGACUUAAAUGAUGAUGCGCCAAUUGGCGCUCUCGUAGUCUCUCCACAUUGUAUUUCAUCUUCGUCCCCUGGUGGGCUCAGAAGGGAUAUGCCCAACCGAGGAGGUCAAGUCAUCUCGAAGAUCAUAAAGCGCUCGUCCUCGGUCAUUUCAGAUUCGGGUAUCGAGAGUGAACCCAGCUCUGUGGUUUGGCCUGUUGAGGCAGUGCUACGUAGUCGCCCUCCUUUGGAUUUCUCCAGCGAACGGGAGAUUCCACGGCAGAAAGUGUUUCGCCAUCCAGUCCUACGAAGCUCUUUGGAGGGCCUGCAAAUGGAGAGCAACGGUAGCCUUCCGAGCGGAGGUAUACAAGCCUCGUUGACAUCGAUAAGCUCCCUGCCGUAUGAAGAUGAGCGUGAGCAGAGCCCGGGCGGCAAACUAACCAAGUCCAUGUCUGCACCGCAAAUCAGUAGCCCAGAUGAUAAUGAGGAGGACUGCAUGCCUCUAAUUCAGGAAUUACAUGACACAAUACAUUCUGGUCACAAACCCUUUUCAUUGAACUCAGAGCAGUCGGAAUCAUCGAUUUUCGACACACGCUCAAUGACAAACGAUAGUACUGAAAGGACCGUCAGUUCUGAAAUGUCAAAUCAACCACAAAACAUUUUCGAGACCUACAAAUGUAAGUCGGCACUAAGUUGCGAGUCCGUGGAGGGCCCUAGCAUCAAGGAUAGUGCUGUUAUGGACUGCCAUGGGGAGAAUGUGAAUUAUCACAUCAGUGGAGUAAGUGUCUCUGUGGAGGAUGUGGCUUUGGAAGCACUUCCCUGCAGUAGUGGACAUGAGCCAAGUGGUCAUAAAAGCGCAAUGGACCAGCAGACUGUCAUCAGUGCUGAUGAGUGCCAAAGUCUCCAUCAGACUGAACCUUACAAUCGGGAGUCCGGAACGCAACUUGCAUUUGAUUCUUUGAGAUCAUCACAAGGCUGUGACCUGGCAAGGCCGACAAACGAUGAGAUCACGUCACACAUUGAACAUAACGGGAUAUCAGCCAGUGGGAACGAGGCAUCAGACGGCCAGACGAAGCCGUCGAAGGUGCCCAACUCAGGCUUGGCCUUCGUCAACAAGAAGGUGGUGGAAGUGGUGAACAUGUCAGUGUCCUGUGCGCCCACCUGUCUACCCUUUUCCUCUGUUCUAAGAGACUCUCCAUCUAUGAGUGGCAUGUCCACUCGCCAGACUACCUCACCCGUUACCAAUCAGCCUCUGGGGUCGUUUGGUAUCAUUUCCUCAACGUUAGCCGACCAUCUCGGCAUGGACCACGAGACCAACGAACGCAUGCUGAGUUUCUUCAAAGCCAAAGAGGAGCUGUUUAAAGGGAUGAGCUUCCAAGGUGGCUUAUACAGCGAUCUUCCUCUACUGGCAUCAGACCUGCCCUAUUUCCCCCCAGAGGAGGAUGACGAGGAGUUUGACGAUGGCAUCCACCUUGUGGUGUGUGUGCACGGGCUAGAUGGAAAUAGCGCAGACCUUCGCUUGGUGAAGACGUUCAUUGAGUUAGGCCUGCCAGGAUCGCGGCUGGAUUUUCUCAUGUCUGAAAGAAACCAGACUGACACGUUUGCUGAUUUUGAUACAAUGACGGACAGAUUGCUGGAUGAGAUUAUUCAACAUAUCCAGUUGUACAAUCUCACUAUUGGCAGGAUAAGCUUUAUCGGCCACUCUCUGGGUAACGUCAUCAUCCGCUCGGUGCUGACGAGGCCUCGCUUCCGCUGCUAUCUGCCGAGGCUUCACACGUUCCUCUCGCUUUCAGGCCCUCACUUGGGCACACUGUAUAACAACAGCACACUGGUCAGCACAGGUCUUUGGCUAAUGCAGAAGCUGAAGAAAUCCGGAUCUUUGCUGCAGCUCACCUUCAGAGACCACGUGGAUCCCCGAAAAACGUUCCUUUAUCUCUUAAGUCAGAAACCAGGGCUUCAGUUCUUCAAGAAUGUGGUUCUGGUGGCGUCUCCACAGGACCGUUAUGUUCCUUUCCAUUCUGCCCGAAUAGAGAUGUGCAAAACUGCUCUCAGAGACAAAACUACAGGCCCCGUCUACACGGAGAUGAUUAACAACCUUCUGCAGCCUCUGAUGGAGGCCAAAGAUUGCCGUCUCAUCCGUCAAAAUGUUUUCCACGCUCUGCCCAACACAGCCAACACGCUGAUCGGCCGAGCCGCGCACAUCGCUGUCUUGGACUCAGAACUUUUCCUGGAGAAGUUCUUCUUGGUGGCGGGACUGGACUAUUUCAAAUAACGGUGCUUUUACCACCACCAGGUCUCUAUGUACAUAACUAACUGCUUGAAACGACGUGAGUAUUUGUUCGUCAGGAUGGUUAGCGAUUCGUUUAUCGUGACUGUUUCAGGCGCUCACCCGGUGGUGUGAGUGUGACUAGUAGCCAUGCAAAUUGUAACAUAUUAUGUAACAUCUAUCCCGCAUAGAUGCUUCGUUGGCCUUAUCAAUAACCUUUCAGCCACAGCACUAACACAAUGCUAGUUGCGUAAAAUUCCGAGAAUUUCCAUAGAUUGGAGUAGCCAUCAUCAUCAGAGUUGCCAUUUUAUUAGGAACACAUGCACAAGAUAAUGACAUCCAAUGCAAGAUUUAUAUCAAAAGUAUGGUAAUGAUGCUGAAAGCUGCUUUGUAUUUGUGUGAUUUUCUCCUUUUAUGUAGCGUUAAUCAUAAGUUAAAUUUGAACUUUUUAUUUUGGACAGUGUUUUCAUGAGUAUCAGAUAGAAGAAAUGUGAUCUAAAUGAGGCUGUGCUGAUUUACUCCUUUCAGUCAAUUAUUUUUCAAAGAGUCUGAUAUUUAAAAAAAAAAAAUCUGAUUUAGCGUUGCACAUGUCAUUAUUAAAUGCAAUACAAAAUAUAUAAAAUAUUUAAGAGCUGAUAUGUACAUUUAGAACACUAUAAUAGAUUUGCAAUAAGUUGCACUAACAACUAACUGGCAUUUACUGCAUUUUUUUUGGUUUUGUUUUGUUUUGUUUAAAAAAGUAUUUUAAUCCAGCCGUAAGAAAUUACUUUCAAAAUUUAGAUUUAAAAAAAUGAUAAUUUUAUAUUAUUUUGACUUUUAGCAUUUCACAUAAUACAAUGCUGGCCAACAGUAUUGGCACCCCUGCAAUUCUGUCAGAUAAUGCUCAAGUUCUCCCAGAAAACGAUUGCAAUUUCAAAUACUUUGGUUAGUUUGGUAGUAAUUUAUUCAUUUAUUUAUUAUUAUUUUUUUAAUCAUUAUCAUUUUACACAAAACUCCAAAAAUAGCCCGGACAAAAGUAUGGGCACCCUUUGAAAAAUCAUGUAAUACUUCUCUAAUUUGUGUAAUUAACAGCACCUGUUACUUACCUGUGGCACAUAACGAAAUCACAUUUGCAGCUAGUUAAAAUGGAUUAAAGUUGACUCAACCUCUGUCCUGUGUCCUUGUGUGUACCACAUUGAGCAUGGAGAAAAGAAAGAAGACCAAAGAACUGCCUGAGGACUUGAGAAGCAAAGUCAAGAGGAAGCAUGGGCAAUCUGAAGGCUACAAGUCCAUCUACAAAGACCUGAAUGUUCCUGUGUCUACGGUGCACAGUGUCAUGAAUAAGUGUAAAGCCCAUGGCACUGUGUCUAACCUCCCUACAUGUGGAUGGAAAAGAAAAAUUGACGAGAGAUUUCAACAAGAUUGUGCGGAUGGUGGAUAAAGAACCUAGACUAACAUCCAAACAAGUUCAAGUAGUCCUGCAGUCCAAGGGUACAACAGUAUCAACCCGUACUAUCCGUCGACAUCUGAAUGAAAAGGGGUGUGGACUCUAUGGUAGGAUACCCAGGAAGACCCCACUUCUGACCCAGAGACAUAAAAAAGCCAGGCUGGAGUUUGCCAAAACUUACCUGAGAAAGCCAAAAAUGUUUUGGAAGAAUGUUCUCUGGUCAGAUGAGACAAAAGUAGAGCUUUGUGGGAAAAGGCAUCAACAUAGCGUUUGUAGGGGGGGACCAGACCUUCAAAGAAAAGAACACGGUCCCCACAGUCAAACAUGACAGAAGUUCCCUGAUGUUUUGUGGUUGCUUUUCUGCCUCUGGCACUGGACUGCUUGACCGUGUGCAUGGCAUUAUGAAGUCUGAAGACGACCAACAAAUUUUGCAGCAUAUCGUAGGGCCCAGUGCGAGAAAGCUGGGUCUUCCUCAGAGGUCACGGGUCUUCCAGCAGGACAAUGACCCAAAGCACUCUUCAAAAAGAACUACAAAACAGUUUGAGAGAAAGCACUUCUAAAGUGGCAUGCAAUGAGUCCAGACCUGAAUCCCAUAGAACACCUGUGGAGAGAGCUGAAAAUGGCAGUUUGGAGAAGGCCCCCUUCAAAUCUCAGAAACCUGGAACAGUUGGCCAAAGAGGAAUGGUCUAAAAUUCCAGCAGAGCAUUGUAAGAACAUCAUUUAUGAAUACCGGAAGCGGUUGUUCGGAGUUAUUUUGUCUAAAGGUUGUGCUACCAAGUAUUCGGCUGAGGGUGCCAAUACUUUUGUCCGGGCCAUUUUUGGAGUUUUGUGUAAAAAGAUAAUGAUUUAAUUUUUUUCCCAUUCUAUUCUGUGUUUUUUCAUUGCAAGCAAAAUAAAUGAAGAUAUUAAUACCAAAGCAUUUGUAAUUGCAAUCAUUUUCUGGGAGAAAUUGAGCAUUAUCUGACAGAAUUGCAAGGUUGGCAAUACUUUUGGCCAGCACUGUAUAUAGCUUAUAUAAAAAGUUCACCCAUAAAAUUUUGAUUUAUCAUGUAGUAAUCCACAAUUGUGGCUUUAUUUCAUCAUAUUUGUCUUAUUACAGUUUUUCUCAAUUGCUUUGGCGCGUUUCUCAGAUUAGAAUUGAAAUUCUCAAAACUAUUUGUUCAAGCCUCAAGUAGCAAAACAACAUGGAUUACCUGCAAAAGCCAGUUUUUUUGUGCAAAAUACUUAGUGUAUCGCUCAAAAUUAAAUUUCUGUGUCAACGAACAAGUCCUUGUUUCAUUGUGUACAGACAAGACAGUCAAAUUGCUUAGUCAUGCUCUCAAUUGAACAGUUACUCUGGUAGAAGGCGCUGAUGCUGAAGAUGGCGUACAUAAGUUAUGAUGAAAAUUGCAAAUUACACCUUUGUGUGUGGGAGAUUGAUUGCAAGAGACGGGACAAGAUUCUGUUUACACUUAUAUACUGUUUUUACAAUUUCUUGACAGACCAUGUCACUGCGAUACAGAAAGCAAAAGACAGCACUGAGUACCACAAAGAGAAAAAACUAAAGCAAAAUUAGAAAUAUGAACAUAAAAUAAUCGACACAACUAAAUUUUGAGUGCUACAUGUCGGGAUUUCCCUCCCAUUCUUCCUACACAUUUUGACAUUCUUCCCUGUUGGGCCACAAAUUUUUAUCCACGUCACAAUGGUUGUCCUCACUUGCUAUACAGCGUGGAAAAAAAUCUGCUUGAAUGCCUUAUCCAGCCUAUGCAGCUUCUCCUGUGAUGUCAAUGCACGUUGCAUUCACGCCAUCCAGAAGAGUCAUCUGAGUGUGAGGCUGACAAUCAUACACUUGCCAUCUCCAUGUGAAGAAAGAAAUCUUCUAUUGGAUUGAGGAGUAUGGUGGAAGGAACUCCAUUAUCAUUCUCUUGUGGGUUGCAAACCAUUCCCUGAUGCUGGAUACGAGUGAUACAAUGUUGCGAGGUUUGAACAAGUAGUUUUGAGAAUUUUAAUCCUGAUCUGAGAAACCUACCAAAGCAAUUGAGAAAAAAACUGUAAAACAGGUCAUCAAUUACAGUUGUUGUUGUCAAAAGUUUACAUAGAC